AUGUCGUCCACAAACUGCCUGCGGAGCUUCUCGCAGCUGUCUCGUGACGCCACUGCCCACUCGGCCGCCGCCUCGCGCCUUCUGCAGCCGCGCGUGGCCUGCUUCUCCACGUCGGCCGCCCGCCAUGCGAACCCGCAGAUGAAGAAGAAGAACACAACGGCGGCGCCGAAGAAGGGCGUCAAGUCGCUCAACACCAAAAAGGGCAAGAGCGCGCCCUCGGGCGACUCGGGCAAACGGCCAGCGCCGGGCGAGCGCAAGGCACAGCGCAAGCGCAUCGUGCUCAGCAACGACAACGCCCUCGAGGUCUCGUCGCUGAAGAACCUCGACAAGUCCAACGUCCUGAGCCCCCAGCACGAGGGCCGUGUCAGGGGCCUCCCGGAGCCCGUCGUCGAUGCGCUGCGUCACGUCGAGGCCUUCAAGACGACGCAGGGCUGGAGCUUCUUCCGCCGCCCGGCCGUGCUGAUGCGCAAGGAGGCCAUCCAGCUGGCAACGCUGUUCAAGGAGGCCGAGGCGGCGGCGGCCGGCCAGGACAAGAAGACGAUCCGCCGGAUACUUACUGGACAGAGGAUGAGCGGAAAGAGCACGCUGCUGCUCCAGGGCUUGACCAUGGCCUUCCUGAGGCAGUGGUUCGUCAUCAGCCUGCCCGAGUGCCAGGACAUUGUCAACGCCCACACCGAAUACGCGCCCCUCGAGGGCUCUGAGCCGACACAGUACACCCAGGACACGUACACAGCAGCUCUUCUCUCACAGACCCUCCAGGCAAACCAGGCCUACUUUGAGCAGGCCAAGAUGACCCAGAAACACGACCUGUCCGUCUCGCUGCCUGCGGGCGCCAAGCUCAAGGACCUCGUCGCCGUCGGCGUCGCCAACCCGGAAGCGGCAUGGCCCGUCUUCAAGGCUCUCUGGGUUGAGCUAUCCCAGCCCGGCCAGCCACAGGUCCUGCUUGCUGCCGAGGGCCUUUCGCACAUCAUGCGGAACUCGGCGUACAUGAACGCCGACGUAAAGCCUAUCCAUGCACACGACCUGACCCUCGUCCGCCACUUUGUCGACCAUCUCUCGGGCGUGAGGCAGCUGCCCAACGGCGGCGUCGUGCUCGCUGCCACCUCCAAGUCCAACGCACCCGCUUCGCCAGCCAUGGAGUUCCGCAUCAAGACAGCAGAGGCCCUGCAGACCCAGCAGAGCAUCCCGCAAUGGAACCCCUACACGAGCUUCGACGCGCGCACCAUGGAGGCUCUGAGAGACCUCGCGGACCCCAAGGCCGACCUCGACAUCCUGAACGUGGGUGGCCUGAGCAAAGAAGAGGCCAGGAGCAUCAUGGAGUAUUAUGCAGAGAGCGGCAUGCUGCAACAUCAGGUCAACGACGGCUUCGUCACGGAGAAGUGGAGUUUGGCAGGCAUGGGCAACAUUGGCGAGCUGGAACGGGCAAGUGUACGAGCCAGGAUAUGA